AUGACGCCCUACAACCAUCACAUGACGCCCUACAAUCAUCACAUGACGCCCUACAACCAUCACAUGACGUCCUACAACCAUCACAUGACGCCCUACAACCAUCACAUGACGCCCUACAACCAUCACAUGACGCCCUACAACCAUCACAUGACGCCCUACAACCAUCACAUGACGCCCUACAACCAUCACAUGACGCCCUACAACCAUCCCAUGACGCCCUACAACCAUCACAUGACGCCCUACAACCAUCACAUGACGCCCUACAACCAUCAUAUGACGCCCUACAACCAUCACAUGACGCCCUACAACCAUCACAUGACGCCCUACAACCAUCACAUGACGCCCUACAACCAUCACAUGACGCCCUACAACCAUCAUAUGACGCCCUACAACCAUCACAUGACGCCCUACAACCAUCACAUGACGCCCUACAACCAUCACAUGACGCCCUACAACCAUCACAUGACGCCCUACAACCAUCACAUGACGUCCUACAACCAUCACAUGACGCCCUACAACCAUCACAUGACGCCCUACAACCAUCACAUGACGCCCUACAACCAUCACAUGACGCCCUACAACUAUCACAUGACGCCCUACAACCAUCACAUGACGCCCUACAACCAUCACAUGACGCCCUACAACCAUCAUAUGACGCUGUACAACCAUCACAUGACGCCCUACAACCAUCACAUGACGCCCUACAACUAUCACAUGACGCCCUACAACCAUCACACGACGCCCUACAACCAUCACAUGACGCUCUACAACCAUCACAUGACGCCCUACAACCAUCACAUGACGCCCUACAACCAUCACAUGACGCCCUACAACCUUCACAUGACGCCCUACAACCAUCACAUGACGCCCUACAACCAUCACAUGACGCCCUACAACCAUCACAUGACGCCCUACAACCAUCACAUGACGCCCUAG